AGCACUUGGCUAUUGUAGACCACAUAGCGUUCGACAGGGCGUUGUUCUUGAUGAAAGCGGGACUUCUUUUGGUCCCAGGGCUUUUGGUGCCGCUGUCCGCGACCAAUUUAAGUGCGUGCUAUGGCUGGCCUGAGACCUGCAGCGGUUGCGCAUGCUAUACCACCAAGAGCGAUUGCUCGGCUGCUGGCUGCAGCUGGUCCGAAGCGGACACCUGCACGGCCAAGGCGCUUUUGCCCAGUUGUAAGGCCAAGAUGAUGACCGCCAGGCAGCCAACUAUCCCCUAUGCUUGUGUGAGCUCUAUGGCACUUGCCAAAGAAGCUCUUGAGCUUUGUAACAAACGACGUGUGCAACCCUUCUCGAAGCAGAUGUUCGCUGGUGCCUCGGCCUUUGCCGAGCUGUUAGCGGGCUACGUGCGGGAUGUGCUUGAGAAGAGUGAAGAGGAGUAUCCCUUGCGAUUCGCAUACUAUGCCAACUGGUUGACCGACACCUUUGUGGAGUGCUUGGAUGCAGGGACGGGUCCUUAUCAGGUCCCUGGAGGAGGUGAACAGCUGUGUAGCAUGCUGGAGUGGAACGCAGGGGUCGCCGAGAAAAACUUGGCCAAGUACCUUCGCGAUCUAAUGGCCGCGAAACACCCCAAGUCACUGCUGAACACUUUCAAUUUGGUGCUGGAUUUCGGCUACAACUCCUAUGAAAGCAUGUGCAAGUCGAUGCAGAAAGGCUGGCCUCGCACGGUCUACGACCCCAUGGGUGGGCAUGUGAGUGUCGAGGAGUUGUACCAGCAGAAUCAGGAUGGAAGACCCUACUGGGGCGUUUCUGGAGGUGGCGGUGCUGGUGCGGGCUUUGAAAUUUUCUGUGUGAAUGAUACCAACGAGGAAGAAGAGACCAUCAUCACCGGCGGCGGAGGUGGUGGUGGGGGCGUGAACACUCCAGAGGAAGGCACACCCAUCGAGGCCGGAGGUGGUGGUGGAGGUGGCGUUCAAGUGGGUGCGGAUGGCAUCCCUGCGGUGGGUGCUGGGGCUGGGAACCAUCCGCCGGGCGUCAUCUCGAUCGAGAUGACCCAAACAGAUCACAAGAAUUGGAUUGAGUCCAUGAAGAAGGUCGCUGAAUCGAUUCGCAGCUGCGCCUCGACACCUGGAAAGCACAUCUCCUUGCGUGGCGGUGACGGUGGCGGUGCAGGAUUUGAGGCUUAUUUGCCUUGGAACGUGACGAAUCCAGAGGGUAAUCCUGAAGAGGUGCAACCUCACGGCUUAUCAUUUGGCUAUGGUUUCCAGUUCGCGUUGGGUCCCAAGACCGAGGACCCUGACAGCCCGCGAGCAGUGCGACUCACGCCCAACGCCGGGCACUCGGAGGCGGCAUUCGUGUCUUGCCCUGGCGCUCCGGACGACACAUGUUACGAUUGCGUGGAUCCUCCAUCGAUUCACCCGUCCAAUGAGACACCGCACAAAUCAACCAGCUUCACCUAUGCCUGCAGCAAUGCAUGGGCCAUCCAAGUUUGCUCAUUGGCCAGCUACAAUGGCACGGUCUAUGGGCAGUACUCUCACUACUCAGAAUGCAACUGCCCAGUCUCAAGCUGGUACCGGGCAAAGUUCUUGCCGGACACCCCCAGUUUCCGUUCACAGAAGAUCUCCCACUGCUAUUCGGAGCAGGGCAAGGGCCAACUCCCCAUGGUCACGAAAGCCGAUGUUGAGCUGAACUGUGCCAAGUGGUGUGGAGCACGAGCCCCCACAGUCAGUGGUUUCAACAACUCCUGCUCCAUCCUCCCAGGCUGCGAAUGCCUGAAGAGCCAGCCAGCUUCUGGAUCUUUCAUCUAUACACCUACGGGUGUGACGGGGACGAGUAUUGGCUCAGCAGUGCUGGGUGGAGCUCUUGUUCAUUUGCUGCACCGUUUUGCUCCGAGCCGCAGCUACACACCACUUCUGGAGACCACCAGUGAUCUCACAUGAGACGAACGGUACGGACGGUCAGCUGAGAAGGAGGCUGUACGGACGUGGUGUGCUUUGGUCACCUUCGAAGGUCAAGGUGGAGCAGAGUUUAAUUUUUGCUCUUGCUGUUCUGUACGGCAAUAAUCCAGAAGCAACAACCUAACAGCAUGCGUCCUACAGUUUGCAAAAGUUGUAUACUUCCUUAACGAUAGAGAGAAGAGUCGUCUCAUUUUCCGCCAAAGCUGCCGAAUGAGCAACCAUGGCUGUGCGUUUUGAACAAUUGAUUUUCAAGUUGAGCCUUUCAGAACUAAUUUGUGUUUCGAAGGUUAGGCUGGCAGAUCACAAGUCAUCCGAUACAGCACUGCUGGAGAACAA